GAUCAGGGAACGUUAUCCCCAGCUGCCCAGCACCACAAUCGGGUCCCCUUCCCCUCCGUCCAGCUCGCCGUCUGAGGGAAGCAGGGCGCAGCAGUCACCAGUGACCAGUCAUGGCUCGCUGCGUUGCCGGCAGCUGCCCUCCCGUCACCUUCGCGUGUUGCCCCCGCCGGACUGGACGAAGUGCUGUUGUUCAGUGUGGCACUGCAUCGAGCACACCAGCAAUAUCUGGAACUGGACCUUCAUCAUCUGGAUCCUCGGGGCUUGUUCAAGAUUGUACUGCCCCUCUGGUCUGUGCACUGCAAUUAACUGCCAGACAAGAUGUUUCCUGCUUUCACUUCCCAGGACACAACAGAGGAAAAGCUGCUCCAUCUUCCUUGUCGAAACUCAUUGGCUCAGGGGCAUUUCUGCAUGACUUGCCCGAGCUACCCGAGCUCGAUGAUCUCUUCUCCCCAAAAGGUGUGAUUCUAGAUGCCCAGAGGCGAGCAGCUCAACUGUUUGGGUCAUCUAAAACUUGGUUCCUUGUCAACGGAACGACCUGUGGAAUCCAGGCCUCAGUGAUGGCUACCUGUUCUCCUGGCGACUACCUCAUUGUGCCACGGAACUGCCACCUUUCAGUGAUCUCUGCGCUGGUCUUGUCUGGUGUGGUGCCUAAAUACAUAAUACCAGAAUAUAAUUCUGGGUGGGACAUUGCUGGUGGUAUCACCCCGCUGCAGCUGGAUGAAGCAGUAAAAGAGCUGGAGGAGGAUGGGAAGAGGGUAGGCGCUGUUCUUGUUACUUCACCCACCUACCAUGGUGUAUGCAGCAAUGUGCAAGGUAUUGUCAGUGUUUGUCAUCCACGAGGCAUUCCGGUUAUAGUUGAUGAAGCGCAUGGUGCACAUUUCAGGUUCCAUGACAGUUUGCCAAGCACUGCAAUUGAGCAAGGUGCUGACCUAGCUGUGCAAUCCACACACAAGGUCCUGUGCUCCCUUACACAGUCUUCAAUGCUUCACAUGUCUGGAGAUCUUGUCGAUGUAGAUAAAGUAAGCCAGUGCCUUCAGCUCCUCCAGAGCUCGAGCCCGAGUUACCUUCUACUGUCAUCUUUAGAUGCCGCGAGAGAUCAGCUGAGCCAGAACACAAAUAUAUUUGAUGAGCCAUUAGCUAUAGCAUCGGAAACAAAAGACCUGCUGGCGAGAAUCCCUGGGAUAUCUGUUCUAGACUUACCAUGCUUUGCUUCUGAUUUCCCUGCCAUUGAUCCGUUGCGCAUCACACUCAGUGCCUCAGAUCUGCAAUUAUCGGGAUACGAAGCCGAUGACAUUUUAUAUGAAGGCCAUCAAAUCGUAUCUGAGCUUGUUGGCACAAGGGCCGUGACAUUUGCAGUCAACUUAGGAACCAGAGUGCAGGACGCUGAGAAGCUUGUGCAGUCUGCAAAGCAUCUAUCAGAAAAACAUUUCUUUGCAAAUAGCCUGAAACCCGUGAAGGAGAAUCGUGUGCAUGGCCCAUUAGAGAAUAUCUCUGUGCAUCUGAGUCCAAGAGAGGCCUUCUUUACAGAGAAGAGGAGAGUGAAAAUCGAGGACAGCCUUGGUGAAAUCUGUGGUGAGCUAAUAUGCCCGUAUCCACCUGGUAUCCCAGUUCUGAUUCCAGGCGAGGUAGUAACCCAUGAUUCACUGUCCUACUUGAUGAGCGUUAGACACCAAGGCAUCACGAUCAGUGGAGCGGCUGAUGCUGAGCUAAAUUCCAUUCUGGUGUGCGACUUAUGAUGAUUGCCCUAUUGUUUGUCACAAGACUGUGUUGUCGCAGAGAUACCGUGGGUGGGAGAGAUCAAGUAUGGUUUAUGCCAAGUCAAGAGCACAAUGUAUUGUCCGCUUGAUGGAUGUAAACCAACGGCUGGCGGUUUGUAGCCACCGGCCACUUGGCCAAAUAAUUUAGUCUGUGUUGUGUUGUGUCUCGGUCUCGUGAGCCGAAAGAGUUGCCAAGCUGCGACAUAUGAUGCCAAAGCAUGAAUAAGGGUCUAUAGCAUGUGAUCUCCUGUGUUGUUGUUUGAAGUAUGAGUUGCUAGGGAGGGAGGGCUACCUUUCUAUCUGAAGUGCCGUGCAAUGUUUCCUCUUUGCUUCUCUUCUGAACUGGGAGGUCCGGUCUGAACUGGCAGUAAAGCUGAAGCAUCAUAUGCAGGUCUGCACACCUCCACGGUUGUGCUACCUCCGGCUGCAUGUUUUGCAGGGCUUCUGAAACAAAUUGUGCGGGUUUGGUAAAGGGAGCCAAGGACAAGCAUUUGAGGGUUAAGGGGCAUGUCAGGAUCCCUACUAAGGUUCUCCACAUCACCACUCGUGUGUCCCCUUGCGGUGAAAGUAUCAAGCUGUUUUCUAGCCUCUGCUGUUGAAACUGUCUCCUGGUUGGCUUUGUUUAAUUUUACUGAUUGAAUUUUUAGUGCUUUCAUUAAAAGGAAUACAUAAUAAAUUGAUCUGUUCACUA